GAGAGUGGAGACACAGAGAAACAGAGAGAGAAAGAGAGGAUUUUUUGAAAUAAGAAGGAGAUCAGUUUAAGUUACAUACACAGAGAGAAAGGUGGUGAAAAGAAAAAAGGAGAAGGAAAAAUGGGAGAAGUUGUAUUGUUUGUGGAUGAUUUGAAAUCGAGUAUUUCAAUCUAUUCGUACUGUAGAAUUUGCCAUGAAGAAGAAUCAGAGAGCUGUAUGAGCUUGGAAGCUCCUUGUGCUUGUUCAGGAACCGUUAAGUUUGCACACAGAGAUUGCAUACAGAGGUGGUGCAACGAGAAGGGGAACACCACCUGCGAAAUAUGUCUCCAGCAAUAUGAACCAGGAUACACUGCACCUUCAAAGAAGUCUCAGUUGAUUGAUGCAGCAGUGACCAUUAGAGAAAGCAUGCAAAUUCCAAGAAGAGAGCAAGAGGUGACCAAUCUAGGAUUAGGGACAAUGAGCGAAUACUCGCAGUGCACGUCUGCUGCAGAUAGAAGUGCUUCUUGCUGCCGAUCCUUGGCCCUAACAUUUACGGUCAUCUUGCUUGUUAGACAUUUCUUUGAUUUGCUUAAUGGUGGAACAGAAGAUUACCCCUUCACACUUCUUACAGUACUUAUUCUAAAGGUUAGUGGAAUUAUCCUGCCAAUGUUGGUAUUGAUGCGCACAGUCACAGCAAUUCAAAAUAGCAUCAGAAGGCAUUAUGAGGAUUCUGAGUAUGACACCUCAAACCUGGAUGGAGACAAUGAAGAAGACGAAGAGCAGCACCAUGCUGUCUAAAGCUACUCCUAAUGUGUAUAAUCUCUACUCAGUUGAAUUUGCAUCAGAGCAUUAUAGCAGUGCUCACCUUUGUCAUAUAUCUCCCACUUUUUGGAGGUACAAGCGACAAAGAAAAAGAUAGAUUCUUUCUUGAAAAAUAAGUCAUUCUUUCCUUUGUACCAUCAAGUUAGGUAUGGUAUAUAACUGUCUUUUAUUCAGCC